GCAGAGAAGAAAGUGCAGCUUUCUCUCCUGACUGAAAGAGGAAUGGGAGAAGCAGUGCAAGAGUUUGUGGAUAAGGAGGAGAAAGAUGCUAUUGAAGAACUGGUGAAAUUCCAGCUCGAAAAAACACAGCGGUUUUUAAAGGAACAACAUAUAGAUGCAGAAGAGACCAAAAUCGAUGAAGAGGUGCAGCGCUUUAGAGAGUCUAGAAAAAAGAAUACUAUGGAGGAAGAUGAGGAAGUUCGUGAGGCUAUAAACAGAGCCAAAGCUCACAGACCUCAGGGAACAGAUCAGGCUUCUGCCUUUAGUGAUGAUGAUGAUGACCUCAUGGAUGUGGCAGCUUCCAAUCAAAGAGCUGAUGAUGAUUCUGAUGGUUCUUCAGCACCUAGGAGGGGGAGAGGGAGAGGCCGAGCAAGGGGUGGAAGAGGGCAGAACACCACAGCAGCCCGAGGAACAUCGCGACGAGGAAGAGGAGGAAGCACUGGUCAGAUGCAUAGCAGUGGAACAUACAAGCCUCUAUCUUCUCCAAUGAAAAAUAUGUCUAUUUUGGAUGCUUUUAAAUCAUCAAGGCAGCAGCCUUCCCGGAAUGUGCCUACCAAAAGUUAUUCUGAGGUUAUUGAAGAUGAUGAUUCUGAUUUGGAAGAAGUGUCCUUUACUCCUUCAACUACACAUCAAAGGUCAUCAAGCACACCAGCAUCUAAAUACUCACAGAGUCAAGGAGCAAGAGGAGUAGACUUUGAAUCAGAUGAGGAUGAUUUAUUCAAGAGUACUUUUGCUUCAAGGAAAAACAAACGAUAAUUUCAGAUUGUAUCUGUACAGAAAGAUAAUACACAAGAAAACAAAAUUCAAAUUCAAGAAAGGAACCUAUGAAGUAUGCCACUCUCCCACACUAGAUCAUUUCACUUUUCUUGUACAGAGCUUCAAAAUGUUUUGUUUCCUUAUUUCCUUGGCGGAGGAUUGUUACUUUUUUUGUACGUGUGAUACCACUUGAAGUACAUGGAAAUUCCAGAUCUAGAAUUCUACUGUUAAGAUGUUCCUAACAUAGGAGGAAAUGUGUUUUUCUCCACUAGUUUCCCUGGUUGUAUCAAUAAUCUCUUGGAAAGGCAGUUUUGGAACAGCUGGGGAGAAAUAAAUCUGUAGAAAUUACUUCCUUUUCACUCAGCAGGAAUUUCUCCUGGAUUGCAGUUUAGUCCACAGACAGAAGAUCAACUCCAGGUCCAGUCCAGUGGAAAUAUAACAGCCUUACUGCCAUCCCCCUUUAUUUUUUAUUUUUAAAAAGCCCAAGACAAAGUAGAAUUUUAAAGAAAAUAAGAGUGUUUUCCUUGUUCUUGAGAAACAUUUAAAAGGAUUAUUACUGCCAAUAACUUUUCAAACAAAUGUUAUAGAGAAAUAAAUUAGAAUUAUCUGUGUAGUGAAUGGAAACUGUUCCUGUGUUCAGGAUAUAUUUAUCGUUAUAUUUUAAUCAAAAGGGAAAAUGAUUUAUGAUCGCAAUUUUUUCCAAAGAUUACAGUUCAGUAGUGACACAGCUGUUCAGCUGAACCUACUAAAGAUAGGUGAAUGUGAUGAGCUGAUAUGAUACAGUCUGUGAUUGUAUGAAACAUUGUGCAUUUUAUUGAUAUGGAUAAAAAGUAUUAGAUGAGGUUUUACAGGGAUAAGAUGCCAAGAUCCACUGAGGAUUCAACACCACCAUCAAUUGACUUUGUAUGUCUUCUGAGACUUCUGGCAUUAUUUUACAGGCUUGAGGGGGAAAAAAUCAACUCCAAAAAGUAGUACUUUGCUGUAAAAUCCAGCAUUAUUUACAAUAUUAUGGACGUGCUUCUUAAGAAUCUUCUUGGUCUUGGUAUGCUUUGGGUGAUACAAUAUAUAUUCACAUGGAGUUUUUAAGCAAUCUUAUUAUAUUUUUAUAGAUAGAUUAGCUCCUGGAGAAACAUAGAAGAGAUCCUAGAAAGUUAAUGUAUGAUAUGCAGAAGUUGAAUAUUGUAGUUUUCUUAAAUUUGGUAUUCUUCUUCUCCGUUUUAUCAAGAUCAUUGAUGUUUGGCCCAGUUUAUUAGAGUACUCACAUUUUGUUUCGGUCUCAAACAGAAAAGGAAAAUAUAAACUUUGGUUAUUGAGCUUUGCAAUAUGAACAAGGGUGUGCUACAGUGGUGCCUCACAUUAUGAUGUUAAUUCGUUCCAGCGAAAUUGCUGUAGAACGAAAACAUCGUAAA